AUGUUAGUCCGGGAUCAAGAGAGGAUAGCGAAUCUAAACUACAUCUGGAACUGCAACGACACAGAGGCUCUGUGGAUGCUUCAAAUGAAAAGAGUACCUUUUGCCAGGCUUGUGCAGACGUUUAGGAGCAGGGGGCUGCUAGAAGAUAGCAUCCAGAGCAUCGUUGAAGAGCAAGUGGUCAUGUUCCUCCAUGUUGUUGGUCAUAACCAGAGGUUCAGGGUUGCACACAACACCUUCAGGAGAUUAAUGGAGACCAUCUCCAGAUACUUCAAGCAAGUGAUGUAUACUGUUGGGGAGCUCAGAGGAGAGAUGAUCAGGUCACCAACUGGUCGGACUCCUACAAAGAUUCGCACUAGCCCAAAAUGGUAUCCAUACUUCAAGGAUUGCAUUGGAGUAAUAGAUGGUACUCAUGUCACUGCAAGAGUGCCGAGGUCACAAGCUGCAUCAUAUAGAGGGAGGAAGCACUACACAAGCCAGAAUGUGCUAGUUGUUGUUGACUUCGAUCUGAAGUUCACACAUGUGUUGGCUGGCUGGGAAGGAUCAGCACAUGAUGUUAACAUUCUCGGUGACAGCAUGAGUCAUCAUGAUGGCAUCAACAUCCUUGAUGGCAAGUUCUACCUUGGAGAUGCUGGCUAUGCAUGUCGGCCAGGUGUUCUUCCACCCUUUAGGAAAACCAGGUACCAUCUGAACGAGUUUGUUGGUAGGAACUAUCCUAGGACUCCUCAGGAACUGUUCAGUGUCAGACACUCCAGCCUUAGAGUCACUGUUGAGAGGGCCUUUGGAGCUCUGAAGAACAGGUUUAAGAUCCUGGAUCAGAAGCCAUUCCACCCUUACCCUACCCAGAUGAAGCUUGUUCUUGCAUGUUGCAUAUUCACAACUGGAUCCUGCAAUGGGGAGUUGAUGAAUUUUGUGCAGGAGGAGGAAGAUGUGACUCCUGAUGAGGUGAUCAGCUCCGGCCAUGGUGUGGAGGCAUUCGACAACAAAGUGUGA